UCCUGGCCACCGUCGACAGGGGAGAGCAGGCGGGAGAAAAAGGUCACCGGCGCCUGCCUGGAGGAACCAGACGAGUGGUAGCGGGUGGUGGCGAUGCACGGUACGGUCAGGGUCAACCGCAACAAGCUGAUGCGGGUCGCCGGCGAGGCGGCCGCGGCGGAGUUCUCCGGCGUCGCGUAUGCCAGAGCGUCGUCGAAGCCGUCCAACGCAUCCGCCGCCUCGUGUCCUGGAGGCCGGGGCUGGCGCGGGCGGCCACAACUACAAGGGCGCCUCCGCGUGUGCCGUGCUGGCCCACCUGGCCGGCGGGAACAGCUGCCACCUCUCUCAUCUGAAAUACUUUGGCAUGGUACGUACAGUUUGACCAGCCACAGGACCAGGUCAGUUAACCUACUCCUUUUAGUCUGCAUCAAGGUACAGAUCUUUUAUCUGAAUUUUAACAGUCUGGUGAUGUUUUCACUACACAAAGCCAUUUUACAGAAGUUGCUGAAAAAAUAUUUAUAUGUACACCAUGGUACCAUAACAAGGAUAUACGCACAAAAUAUUUAUAUGUACACCAUGGAAUCAAUGGGCUGCAAGUAUAUGUAUAUGUGCUCUAACUGAAUUUGAAUGAUUCACAUAACUGAAUUUAUAUGUACUCCUUAACUGAAUUCUGUAACUAACAAACCUAGCUCUUGCAAGUAACAACAUGUUCAAGAUCAAGGCUGACAGUAUGUUAUGACAGUAUAGGAAAAAAGCCCUUGUUCGUUUGGUUCAGAGCUAUUGUCGAUAUGCAAUCUGAUUCUGCCGUUGAUUCUGACAGUAUGAAGUUUGCUGUUGCUGUGCUUAUUUUAACUCUAGGUGGGUGAAAAGCUACUGCAUAGUGUCUCUAGUAAAAUUGGUUGAUAGCACCUCUCUCUCAAAGAAAAAAGAGUUAGUUGAUCCGUCAGACCGCCGUCAAUACAAGCAGAGGGUUAGUUGACCUGAUCAGCUCUUAUCCCUCUUCCACAAAGUCCUGAUGGACUAGUGAAACAUGGAAAUGUUAACAAGUGCAGUGUCCAGAAAUCUGUAAAGCCAACUCCCUAACUGUUCAUCUUUGUAUGCUCACAUGACAGUCUGUACCAUAACAUGCAACGCAAUCUUCAGAAAGAAAAUGAGGACUGUACAAUUAGUACGUUAGGUUAUCAACUCUUGUUCACUGAAUUCUGCUCAAGGAAACAUUGUUGUUUAACAAAUGUAGGUGAAAGUUGGGCCCCUUUCAGUUUCCCCCAUGGGUUUUGGAACAUGGGCAUGGGGCAACCAGCUGCUUUGGGGCUACCAGGAAAUCAUGGAUAGUGAACUGCAGGAGUGUUUCAAUUUGGCUCUGAAGAAUGGCAUAAACCUUUUCGACACCGCCGACUCUUAUGGAACUGGGAAGUUGAAUGGCCAAAGCGAAAGGCUGCUUGGCAAAUUUAUCCGCAAGUGCCAAGGUUUGGAUUAUUGGAUAGCAUAUGCUCAAAAUGAAAAAAUAAAUAAAUGAAGAUGCAUCAGUACAGUUCUGAAGAGGGAGCGGUGGCAGU